AUGCCUGGGAAAAGGCCCCGAAAUGCGACGGCCAUCCCGAGUGCCAAAAGGGAACGGAAAGCAAUUACCCUCGACGUGAAAUUAGAAGUGUUAAGACGGUUUGAAGUGGGUGAAAAGCUCAGCCAGGUCGCAAAGGCCUUAGGCCUUGCUGUCUCUACAGUGGCGACAAUCCGAGAUAACAAAGAAAAAAUCAAAGCGAGUUCACAAAUAGCUACUCCGUUGAGAGCCUCCCGGUUGACUCGCCACCGAAGUGCAGUCAUGGAGACCAUGGAGCGAUUGUUGCGUGUGUGGCUUGAAGACCAGAGCCAGCGAAACGUGCCCCUGAGCGUCGCCGUUAUUCAGGAGAAGGCUAAGAGUUUGUUUGAUGACUUACAGCGUGAACAAGGGGAAAGCUCGCAAACAGCAAAGUUUAGUGCAAGUAAAGGGUGGUUUGUGAGAUUCAAGGAACGCCACUGUUUGCCCCACUUCAAGAUGAACAGCACGGCUCCUGGCAAGGAGGAUGUAUAUCCAGAAGUCCUGAAAAGCAUCAUCCAAGAAGGUGAGUACACCCCCCAGCAAGUUUUUAAUGUAGAUGAGACAGGGCUUUAUUGGAAAAGAAUGCCUGAAAGAACGUUUAUUUCGGUAGAAGAGAAAGCUGAGCCCGGGUUUAAAUCAUCCAAAGAUCGCUUGAUGCUGCUUCUUGGCGGCAAUGCAGCUGGGGACUUUAAGUUGAAGCCCUUAUUGGUGUACCACUCAGAAAACCCCAAGGCUCUGGAGGGGUACUCCAAGCCCAAUUUGCCUGUGAUUUGGCGCUCAAAUAAAAAGGCUUGGGCAACCAGGAGCAUCUUUCAUGAGUGGUUCACAUACUUUUUUUGUCCUGCCAUUGAAAAAUACUGUGCCCAAAAUAAUCUCACCAACAAAGCACUGCUCAUCUUAGACAACGCACCAUGCCACCCAGUAAAUUUGAGCGAUCUGUCUGAUAAUGUAAGAGUGGAAUAUCUUCAUGACAAUACAGCUGACUCGAUCCAGCCCAUGGGUCAAGGUGUGGCCUCUACCUUCAAAGCUCAUUACCUGAGAAGAACUUUUGAGCACAUCCUAGAAGCAACAGAUGGGGACGAUACAGCUGAGAUCAGGGAGUUUUGGAGAAAGUACAGCAUCAUGGAUGCUGUGGACAACAUUGCAAUAGCUUGGGAGGAGCUCAGGCCAGCAACAAUGAACGGCGUGUGGAAGAAGAUUUGGCCCGAGUGUGUUCAGUUCCAGAGUGUUUCCCAAACAGACAACAUUGCCCAGCUUCAACAGAAUAUCGUGACCCUUGCCAAGAGUGUGGCGCUCGGAGAGGUGGGAGAAGCUGACGUGGACCAGCUGCUGCUGUCCCACGAGGAGGGUCUCUCAAAUGAGGAGCUGGUGCGGCUGGAGCAGGAACCGGCAGGAGAGGAGGAGGAGGCAGGUGAAGAGGCUGCACCUGCCCUGCGCCAACUAACCACACGGGAGCUGUCAGCAGCCUUCGCGCAUUUCGAGGCCGGCUUGCAGGUCCUUACCGGUAACAGCCCUGAUGAUGCGUGGAACCUGAAAGUUUCGAGAGCAAUCAACGACGCAAUAAGCUGCUACAGGGACCUGUACAGUGAGAAGGAGCGGCGCUCAAAGCAGCUCUCCUAG